AUACCCAAACACAAGUCUUCAAAUCCUCUGCCCCCUUUUAGUUUCUGAUCUUCACUAUCUUUCCCAGAAACAACAUACAUAUAAAGCAAUGGCUAUUCGCUUGCCCGGUAUUACAAAUGCUAAGAACAUUCUCCGCGGAUCAAACUCAUUUGCAAAGAAAGCAACUUCAGCAUUUAUGGAUGUUCCAAAAGGCCACCUUGCUAUAUAUGUUGGAGAGAGCCAAAAGAAGCGGUUUGUCGUUCCAGUAUCAUUUCUAAACCACUCUUCAUUCCAAGAAUUGCUAGGCAAGGCUGAGGAAGAAUUUGGAUUUGAUCAUCCAAUGGGUGGCCUCACAAUCCCCUGCAGUGAAGACAUCUUCAUUCAUCUCACUUCUCGCUUACAUGAGUUGUUGUAAUACAUAAACAAGCAGUGCCAAUUUUGUAAAUCCGUGUAUAUUCUUCAUUUUUUUUAACAGAAGAAGAGAUGGGGUUUGACUACCUACCCUGAUUUUUUCUAAUC